AUGGAAAGAAAGAACCCCCAAAGUAAGCCUGCCCCAUCGAGCAAAGAAAGCGCAAAUGUAUAUAAAGGCAAAUCGAAAAGUAGACAGCUAACCCCGUUGAGGAAUCGUGGCGAAAGUAACCAUGCCAAGGAGGUGAAGAUGCCCUUCGGCAUGGUGGGUGCAGAGUAUGAGAAGAGGGACCCCUCUCAGGAUGGCCCAUUGAGGGGAGAUAAGGGCCACUUCGGAAGAGGGAAAAGUGGCAGCAGUAACAGCGUCGGCGGGGUGAAUAAUUAUAAGUACAGGAAGGGCAGCGAACAGGGGACCCACAGUCGUAGUCACCCCCGUGAGGAGGAAGACAGCCACAGUGGGCACAGAGGGCACGCUAACCACAAUGGACACGAUGAACACAGAGACCACAUUGACCGAAAUGGGGAUGAAGAGGACGAGGAGGGAGUGUCAAACGACGAGGACAUGGUGGGCGACGAGGAAGCCUCGUACAAACGCAACAGCGCGUCCAUAAGCUGCUACGAAAACAACAAUAGGAAAACGCUCUACAGACACAACGUCCUAAAUGAGGAGCAAAAAAACAUCGAGUGGCUCCUCACUAGACAGAAAAAUGUAGAGCAACUUGAGUCUAUCAAUUUUGACAGUCUCAUGAAGAACAAGCUGUUUAGUUCCUUCCACAGCAGCUACAAUGGUGGUGAUGGUGAUGGAAUAGGCGGUGGAGAUGGCAUUGGCGGUGGUGAUGCCCAUGGCGAUGACGGGAGCAGGGGAAACAAGCUCAGAAUGAGUAAGCGCGUCGGGAAGCACGACGACUCGAAGAGGAAUAACAGCACGCCGGACGAGCUGGAGAUAAUUAACCUCGCAGAUAUGUUAUACAGUAUUAAGAAGGAGGAGUACCGAGUGCAACCCGAGGAGGAGGGGGAGGCAGACUAUGAGGUGUCUCCUUCAGGGGAGUACGACCUGCCGUACGAUGGGCGAUAUGAGGGGCGCUAUGAUGGGCGUCACGAUGGGCAUCAUGAGGGACGUUAUGAAGAGCGUUACGAGGGGCGCUAUGAUGGGCGUCAUGAAGCGCGUUAUGAUGAGCGUCAUGAUAGGCCAUCCGAUAGGCGCUACGAGAGGUCCUUCGACAGGCCAUAUGAUAGACCCUACGACAGACCGUACGACAGACCGUACGACAGACCGUACGACAGACCCUACGACAGACCCUACGAUAGACCCUACGACGCGUAUUACGAUCGGCACCUCGAGGGGCGUCGCAGUCGACACGUGGACGCACCCCAUCUCAGGGGAUACGAUGAAGACUACGAAAGUCACGUGGAUCGCCAAAUGGGUCGUCAAGUCGACCGCCACUGGGACCGCCUUCUGGAUCGUCACCUGGAUCGCCACGCGGACGAGCGGUUCGUGCAACGUUUCGAGGAGGACUACGAGGAGGAGGUGCUCGGCGGGCGGGAAGAGACCUAUCGAAACAGGCGAGCUAUUGAAGACCCCCGUGAGUACAGAGAAAGGAGGCAGGACGCCCUGGCCGCCUAUGAUGAUCGGCGUUCGCACAUGGUGCUGCCGGAGGGCGGCAGGAGGGCGGCGGACGCGUUUCUCUACAAAAGCGGCUUCAGAAGGGGCAGCGAGAGGGCAAAGGAAAGGCAGCUCCAACAGCAGCAGAAGCAGCACCUUCAGCAGCCCCACCAGCUGCAUCAACAGCAGCACGUGUAUUCGAACAUCGCCGACAUUUGCAAAAGUUACAUAAAAAAUAUUAACAGCAUCAACAAGAGCACAUAUAAGGGUGAAUGCAAGGCGGGUCUCUUUCGGUACCCCAGUGGAGGCUCCAACCCGUAUGAUGAGCCGUAUAGAAGCGGGGAGCCCUUCAGAAGCGGGGAGCCUUACAGAAGUGGAGAUCACUACAGCGGCGGGGAGCACUACGUCGGUGUGGAUAGUUACAAUUAUGCGAUGAAUAAGAUGGCCAGCAGGGGAGGAGGCCCAGGCGGAAGUGGGCCAAGUGUAAACCCGCCAAGUUACAGAGGCACAAAUGGAAAGGCGGUGAACAAUCAGGAUUUGGCUGGCCACUCGCUUAGCGGCAGGAGGGCGAACAGCCGGGAGGGGAGCAAUCGGGAACGAAGCGGCAGGCCGGGUAGCGGCAAGCAGGGUAUCGGUAAGCAGGUUGGCGAGCACCAUGUGAAGGACACCCAGCCGAGCGCCAUCCCCUCGAGUGGAAGCCAAGAGCCAGGUGCCCCGCAGAAACCCAUGCGCAACGUCCACUUCGUCGAAGUAGACCCCAAAGAGCAGAACCCAAAGGGAAGCAGAAACGAGUACCCAGCUAGCGAAAAAAACAGAAUGCAAAUGAACAGUUUGGACCGAAGGAACGUAGACCCUUUGGUCUUGUCCCACAUAGAUGAAGGGAAAAAUAACCUAGAGCAGAAAAAGAGGAAGAAAAAAAACAAGCAGGGUAAUAAUGCUAACAAGGUAGGUGAUGCCCAGACGGAGAUAAUUAUCCCUGACAGCUACGAUGGGAACAGUGGCAAGGUGGGAGGAGGGGAUUCGUUUCUGGGGGGGAGAAGCGCAUCUCAUGAGAAGGCUCCCCCUUUUGGCCCUCCCAUCGGUGCGAGCAGUAACGCCAUCACCAUUUCGAUUGGUAAUGACUCCAGCAGUGGCAACGGCAGGAGUGCUAGCAAAGGCGCCGGCAACCGAAGUAACAGCCGUGGAAGUAGCCGCGGAAGCAGCCGCAAAGGCAACAGCAGUGGUAGUGGAAACGGUAAUGGCAGUGUCAAUAGCAACGGUAAUGGCAGUGCCAAUAGCAACGUGCCCAUCGGGGUGGGCGACCAAGCGGCGCCUCCCCACCAAGUCGCACACGCAGGGGAAAAACAAAUCCCCAUGGAGAUUAUAAAAUACUGCAAGGAGAAUAACCUUGUUCUGAAUAAAGACAUAAAGGAUUUGUUGAAGAGCUACGGAGAGGCCCCUCAGGGUGGGGGGGUGAGCCAGCCCCUACCACCGGAGCAGGGGGGCAGCGCAAACAACUCGAUCAGUGCGAGUACCGCUUCCGAGCGGCGAGGAAAGAGCAGUGACCCCUCCACGAAUCACCCGGGUAGUAACCCCAUCAGGGGUGAAAACAAACCAACUGCAUGCCCUAAAAGUAAUAAGCAGCCGAAGAACGGCGCAAAUACGCUCCAGAGAACUUGUCGAGCCCAAGGAGGCAAGGACAGCAGCAAGAUUCAGGCUAGUCUGCACCUAGUCGGCAGCAGUAAUAGUAGUAGCGGUGGAGGCGCAUCAGCGGAGAGGAAAGACCUGCCAGCCCAGAGCUUCAUCUCUUUGACGAAUAAUGAGGGGGAUGCGGGGCCCAGCGGUGGCAGUAACGCCCUGGGCAUAAGCCAUAGCAAUGACGAGUUGGGGGUCAGGAGGAAGGGCAGUAGGAAGCACAGCGGGGCAGGUAGCGCGGCGGGUAGCGCGGCGAUGGAUGGUACUGCUGUGAGUGGCGGCGUGGCGAAUGGCGCAAGUCUCGUCGAGGGAACGGCUCCGAGCAGCUUGAAGAAACCCGUCGAGGCGGAGAAGGCGGGCGGAAGGAGCAAAUCGAAGGAGAAGUUGAGAGGCCCCCCCAGUGUUAACAUCGAUAGUGGCAACCGCGAGGCGCUCGGCCUGCCGCUGAAAGAGGAGCUGGCCAAGCUGAUGAACGGCUACUACGAGGAUGUGCUGAAGUGCUACGGGCAGUAUAGCCGGAGCGGCCUGGACGACGAGAAGGCCUUCCACUUCUGCGAGUACUGUGAGCAAAACAUUUUCAAUUUGAGCAACUUGCUAACCGCAAGUGAAGCCAAGGAGCACCUCUACACAUGCAACAUAUCGUGUGGGAGGACCUUCCACAUGAAGUGCGUGAGUCACGUCAAACGAAUGGCGAACAAUUUUAUUUGUUUCUUCUGCCUCUACGAUAUUAACUUCUGCUCCUUGUGCAAAGAGGUUACAACCAAUGAUGGACUCAUCCCCUGCUACUACCCCCUCUGCAACAUGUUUCUUCACACCCAAUGCGUUGAGAAGUUGCAGCUGAUGAGCACCGAUUGUUUGAAGCAGUAUUAUUAUUGUACCCACUUGGCUGCACCCAACUCGGGAAGCAGUGGCAGCCAAGGGGGAGGAGGAGGCAGUCACCCGGAGGACAGGGCCAAGGAGGAGUCCCCGGGGGGACGGAAGUGGAAGAAGAGGCGAAACUACUACCGGAAAAAGAAGCGCUAUGGCAGGAAGAAAGGCGUCACGUUAAAUAAAAAAAUUGAGAAGAAUCAAACGAAUCAGACGAAUCAGACGAAUCAGACGAAUCAGACGAAUCAGAAGGGUGAGAGGGGAGAGAGGGGGGAGAAGCCGAGUGGACCCCUCCAGGGAAACACAGCAAGUACGUACAAAAAUGGAACCUGUGUGAAGAAGACCCCCCUUGAUGGCAGUGACCAAAGGGACAGCCCAGAUAAUAGGCGCACCGCCUUGAACGCCCCAGCGGGAAGCAGCGAGCUAGCCAAAGUUGACGAGUUGGGGAAAAACUCAGUGGGCCAUUUAAAACUCAGCAAGUAUAUAUGCCCCUUACACGUCUGCUACGUGUGCAAAGAAUUUUACAUUGUAAAUUUGGAGAAGGUGAAAAAUAAAAGAAGCAGUUGCCUCUUCAGAUGUGUAAAGUGCCUCAAGUCUGUUCACCUCCACUGCAUGACUAGCAAUUACAUUAUUUCUUUUAAGCAAAAAAUGAUGUUUUGCUCGAGCCACAUUGAGUACUACAAGCAGAAGCACAUGCAGAUGUUGCUCAGUCGAUUUGAAAAGCUCACCACUGGGGUGGAAGGGGCACUGGAGGUUGCCCAAGAUGAGAAGGGUGACAGCCCCCCCGGGGGUAGCGCCGUUGUUACAGGUAAGAACCCAGCUUGUGCUAUCGCCGCGGCGGGUCAGAAGCACAAACGGGGGAGCAGCGGCAGUCGUACUGCUAACCGAGGCGGAGAUAGAAGUGUCAUGCGAAGCGGCCCCAACCCGUUGGCGUUGCCCCCCCAACCGGUGGAGGAAAAAAAAGACAACGUUGCGCGUGUCUCCAUCAAUGUUACGAACCCCGCAGGAGAAACCACGCCCCUAGGGUUGCACCAGUUUGAAAAAAGAAACAGUACAAAUGUAGCCCUAUCUUCCAGAGACGAAGGGGCACAGACUGUCGAGCAGCAGCAGGGGAAGAUAAAACCGGGCAGCUCCCCAAACGGAGUUACCAUCACCGACGAUGUUGAGUACCUUUUCGAGGGAGAAAAGAACAGAAGCAAUGUUGUGCAUAUUUCUGUGGGUGCCGUGUCGCCCCCUAACUUGGGCCAGAAGAAGGAAAAGGAAAAAGUGCUGUUUGAUUUAACGGAAGAAGGGGGAAAAGGAGACGUCUUUUACGUAACGAAUGAAUCUCAGGCGAGGGAUUCCUGCGCUGAGGGGGAGUCCAUCAAGUGCGUUGGCAAGGACAUCCCCGUAGUGGUGGUCUCCCCGGUGGGGGUGAGCCCUCACAUGCAGGAGGAGCUUCUGAUAAAUGGCAGCGGUGGUGAGGUCCCCCCCCACAAUGCGGAAAAUUCCCUGCCAGCGAACCACAGUUAUAAAGGCAACUUGCAGCUGGCGAGCGAAAUGGCAGCGGCUGGGCGCGGCAAAAAGGAGGCGACCCACUUGGAGAAGGAAAAGGACAUCACCGGUGAGGCGGCCAAGGAGCACGGCGGCCGAGGUGGCGGCAUAACUGACCGCAUAGGUGGUGGCACAAAUGAGGAUGGCACUUUUAAAAAGAAGAAAAGGAAAGUCUCAAACGCCAACGAUAUAGAAAUACUGAAGAACUACAAUUUGGACAUUAACAUUCUGAGCGACUUUACGAAGAGCAACCCGGACGGCUGUGCUCUGCAGAAAGGGAACUCCUUAUCGAAGCGGAGCUGCGUAGCGAGUGGCACUGUUGAGGGGGAGGGCCUGCCAACUGUCGUUGCAAAGGUGGAGAAGCGUCCCCUCGGCGCCCUCACCGUGGAGGGAGGUGCAAAUCAAAUUUGCGGCAAACGGGUGAGUGUACACAUCAAGGAGAGGCACUCCAAGGGGGAAACCCUAAGCACGCGAAAUUUAAAAAAAAUUAGUAAUUGCAAAAUGGAGCAGUUAUGCAAGAACCUGUUGUCCCCCAAGAUGAUUUGCAACCUGUAUACGAGGGAGCACUUCCAGAGCGAAGCAGAAUAUAAUUAUUACGUUCUGAUCAAGGUCAGGCGAAUUCUUCACAUGGAAAAGUCCCUGUUGGCUUUAAACGAAAUGAACCCACACAGGAUAAGUGAGGAGUGCGAAGAACACAUUAACAUCUUGUGCACCUUUCGGGAGGACUUUAUCAAUUUUGUGAUUUUUCUGUUUAAGAAGCGGGGCGCGGGGGAGGCGCUCGCAGAUGGGUGCAAGGGGGAGCGCCAGGAGGGGCAUCAAAGCGGUUUGCAAAGCGGGCUGCAAAGUGGUCAACAAAGCGGUUUACCAAGCGGUUUGCAAAGUGGUCUACAAAUCGGUUUACCGUGCGUUUUACAGGGUGGCCCCCCAAAUGAAGCUCAACCAUCUGCAGCGCAGUGUGCACAAAAAUGUGCACAAAAAUCUGCAGCCCAGUGUGCACCCCAGUGUGCACUUCAGUCAGCACCCCAGUUUGAAGGUAACGACCAAGGGAGAACCGCCAGCUGCAGGAAGAAUGCGGUGAAGAGGGGCCAACGGAAUGACGCCGCCCCGGGUGGAACCGACGGCAAGGUGGAGGAGCGCGCGUUGGAUGAGGAGGCAAGGAAGAGCGCGCUUUGUGGGGAGGAAGCGGCUAUCGGAGGAGCCCCUAACGGAGCCGUCGCUAACCGCGAAACCGCUAAUGGCGACCCCGCGGAUGAAGAACAGGGCAGGGGCAAACAGGAGGAGGAAAAGACCAAAUGGGUCUCCAACGAUUUGCUGAACAUACUGUACAAGGAGCUGAAAAACGCGGCCAGCAUUAUCGGGCCCAGUGUGCGAGAAAGAGCGCGUCAGGGAUUACCGCUGGGUAGGAGCCCCCCCAGUGCGGAGGACAACGCACAAGGGGUAGCAGCAGACCUCAACGGGGUAGCAGCAGGCCUUAACGGGGUAGCAGCAGGCCUUAACGGGGUAGCAGCAGGCCUUAACGGGGUAGCAGCAGGCCUUAAUGGGGUAGCAGCAGGCCUUAAUGGGGUAGCAGCAGGCCUUAACGGGGUAGCAGCAGACCGCAACGGGGUAGCAGCCAGGUCUGCUGCGAAUGGAAGUUUAUCUGUGAGCCAAGGCAGAUGUUUCGCUGCCGAUCUGCAGGGGAGAGCGAACCCGCACAUGGGCGGUAAAAAGGGAGACACCGCAGAGUGGAAAGAAGAAAUAGGCAGGGGAAGACCCGUUGGUGGAAGGAUGAACGUGCGAAGUAAUACCGACGUGAAAUCUGCAAAAAUGGUGAGCACUGUGGAGGGCAGACCCCACCAGGUGAACGAAAAUGACGGAGAAGCAGAAGAGGACGUUGGAAGAGGGAAGAGAAAAAUGUUCAAAAAUGGAAAAAUGGAUUUAACUGAUUUUUCGCAGCUAACCAAAAAUGGCUGCAAAAUAGAUGUGAGCGUUUUGAAGAAGUACAGUCACUACUUAAAUUUUGAGUACAUUUCGAAGAAUGUGUAUGUGAAUGAUCAGAAUAAGAACUUGCUGUCGUGCAAAUCUGAUGACUAUAGGUGCCUGUGCCAGGGGGAGUGCGACCCCUUCAGCUGCUACAAUUCGCUGAGCAAAAUUCAGUGCUCCAAGAACAGGUGCAACUUGCCCAUUCAGAUUCAGGACAAGAAGUGCUUCAACCGGCCGUUCAAGCACUCCGCGAUAAAGGACCUGGAGAUAAAACAGACGGAGCGCACCGGCUACGGAGUGUUCUGCAAGCGGGACAUUAAGAACGGGGAACUCAUAUGCGAGUACGUCGGGGAGGUCCUGGGGAAGAAGGAAUUUGAAGAAAGGAUGGAGGCCUACCAGGAGGAAAGCAAAAAAACAGACAUGUACAACUGGUACUCGAUUCAGAUCAACCGCGAUGUGCACAUUGACAGCAGGAGGAAGGGCAGCAUCUCCAGAUUCGUUAACCACUCCUGCUCGCCCAACAGCGUUUCGCAGAAGUGGAUCGUGCGCGGCUUCUACCGCAUUGGCAUCUUUGCCCAGCAGGACAUCCCCGCGGGGGAGGAGAUCACGUACAACUACAGCUACAACUUCGUGUUCAACAACUUCGAGUGCCUGUGCAACUCGGCGAACUGCAUGAACCACCAGCUGAAGAAGAAGGAGGAGACGGAAAACGAAGUGAGCGACAUAGAAAUCACGGACAAUGACAUAUUCAAUCCGAUAGAAAAUUUUAACAACCUGCACAGGAAGAUGCAGGAUUGGGUAGUUAACCUGGAGGCCGUGGGAACCAAAGCGUUAUACAAAUACAACAAGAUGAAUGCCAUCAAUUUGAGGCUCAUGGAGUGCUUCUCCACGUGGGUUUUCUAUGACCUCAAUUUCGAGAGGAAUCAGUUUUUGUCUUUGAGGUCCAAGCCGUUCAACGCGCUGAGCGAGUUUUGGAAGCUGCUGGUUUCGUCCUUCUCCGACGGGGAGAGGAACAUCAUCAACGCCUUCAAUUUAUUCCUGCCCUCGCUCAUAAAGAUUGGCCAGCUGCGCCGGAUUCAGCAGUAUAGCUACAUCCUGCACAACAUCGUGGGCGCGGAGCACGAGAUGUGGAACCUGAUCGACAAGGGCUUCGCGGACGACGAGGUGUGCCGCAAGUGCAAAAGCUGCGGCAACCUCACCAUGUGCGACAAGUGCUUUAACAGCUACCACCACAUCUGCGGGAACAUGCAUUCGAAGGUUUAUAAGAACAACGAGCUGGUCCUUUGCAAGUUCUGCCAAAAAUAUGAUUACAAGAUCAAGUGGAUAAAGCAGAACUACCGGGAACAAAUGAAGUGCUCCAUUGAAAUUAGGAGCAGCGCCUUUUACAAACUCAACCGGGACAUCAUGACCCUCAUGGAGCAGUCGGUCAAGUAUACGAAGGACAUGUCCAUGGCGGCCAUCAACGAGCACAACUCGAAGGAGUGCAACAGUAAGAAGCUCCGCCUGAAGAAGUUCCAGUACAAGUACGUCAAGAUAUGA